AUGGUUACUGGUAUUCUCUCUCCAAUUUCAGAGAUCUCAGCUGGAGGCAAUUACAAUACGCGCUUUCUGUCUCCAAGGGCAAGGCGAGCUCUUUCCCCAAUCAGCGAGAGCGUAAAAAUUCCCAACUGGGGAAAUUAUAGUCUGCCACCUCAUGCUAUCAUCCCCUACGUUCCUUUGUCUUUGUACCUCCCUCGAGCUGGGUUUCUGUGGCAGGACGAUGAAGUUUGGCUACCAGAGCAGGGAAACUUUGGCGCAGAAUGGCAGCUCAAUCAAGAAGAAGCUUGGGCUGAAUUCCAUGACUUAGAACAAGUAGGCUCUGGAUACAGUGUCGAGACACUAUAUCGGGCCUACUUUUCCGACCCCAUCGGGAGGCGCCACCCAUGGGCGUUUGAGCAAGACAUCGCCGCAGAUGUGUUUGAAUCGAAAGAGGAGGAUUACAUACGUAGCCAUUUAUGGUCCGGUGAGAUCGUUCAUCUCCGAAGCCGAGUAACGCAACACUAUAUGGGUGUCGUGGGCGACGCAAGCUCUUAUAUUGACGAAGAGAUGAACGUUCGAUCGGAAGAUGGAUUCCGGCGUUUGAGAGUUGGUGGCUUGAAGACGAAAUCCCCAAACACAACGUGGAUCAUUCAGUACAACUCUGGCGUUGAUAAUGGGUUCCGUCUCCUAAAUCCCAUCCAAGACUGUUAUCUGUCGUCAAGCUUUCGGCAAUUCCCAAAUUGGGAUGGCCUUCACAGUAAUGACACGGUCAGUCUGCAACUGCACGGCAUCAUUGAAGCUACUUGUACCCGUGGAGCUUCAAAGGAUGCAUCUACAUUCUUCAUUAUUGAGGGUUAG